GCGAGCACUCGGAAUUGUGUUCGUACAAUAUAAUAUUACUGUUGAGUGAUGAAAACCGAGACGUUGUGUAAACGCUGCUUUUACGUUGGUCACGUAGGCCAUUUCGCCGCCGCCUAUAUAACAUAAGACCGGUUCAUGUGUUGUGCACAGUGCACACAGUCUUUUUCACUGCAAACGACGAUCGUGUGAUCGAUUCGCGGACCCAAACACAUAGGCAUACACACAAAGCCAAGUUGCAGUAACUUACUUUCGUUCACUAUAUUCUGUAAAAACACUUUUUCGAAGACGACAAUGAGUGGAACAGUCAAGUCAAAGCGAGGAUACGGUCAUCCUCAUCAUUUAUUCAAAUUGCCAGCGAUGAUGACCGACGCAGUCGCCCACAAGGAUUUGGCCGAAGAAAAGUCGGAGACGACACAAUCGCCGGCCGUCCAUGAGGAAUGCGGCAACGCAUUGACUAGAUACAUUGUCAAAACAUGCGAAAAAUUGCGAGAAAAUCCGGUUUACAAGAUAUUGUUCUCCGUUCAAUCCUCACACAUUAUAAUGGCGUUGGCUGUUGUUUUGGUCACUGUGUUGGUGUUUCCCGGCGAUUCAAUGAUAUCAUCGAGGCAAACUGAACGAAUUAAACUUAAUAGAUUGGUGAAAAUUGUGCAUUUGGCCACGUUCAGUACGCAUUUCGGCAUACAUAUAUGGAUGACAUUCAUUUCCGGCGUGUGCUUGUAUUAUAAAUUAUCUAGGCAUGCUUUUGGAGACGUUCAAAAGAUAUUAUUUCCUAAGUAUUAUUCUACAAGCAGUCUACUAAACGCGAUAACGCUUGUUCAAUACAGUAAGAUAUGCGUCGCUAAUAAUAUAUGGGACAGACACACGUUUUUACAGUUAUAUGUACUAAGUAUAUGUUUUCUUAUGGAACUUGGUAUUCGUCUGUAUGUGGUGCCGCCAAUGUUGCGACUCAUAUCCGCCAAGACGGCCAUAGAGAAGUCGGCGGGCAUCGGCAAAGAAGUGGGCCGCCAAGACCUGGGUCCGCUGGUCAACUGCCCCCAUUACAUGACUAUUCAUAGGAGUUUUAGAAAGGUGCAUAUGAUCUUGGGGGUGUGUAAUAUUAUCACGAUGAUGUGCAAUGUAUUUCAUCUAGUGCAUAUUGCAACCUAAAUGCCGUCGCCACCGCGGCCACAACUACAACUGCCUCAGAACGACCAGACAUAUUUCAUAUUAUAUUAUUAUUAUUAUUAUUAUUAUUAUAUUGUAUUUAUAAAAGAAGAUAGAAGAUUCAUCAGUCAUUUGUUACAGUGAUGACGCCAAACGUUUUUAUGUGAAUAAUAUUGUUUGACCGUUGUCGAAAUCGCCAUCACAAAACACUCGCGCGUUUCCGGCGCCACCACUGUAACGUAAUAAUAAUAUACUUAAUAUUAUAUUACAUAAUUAUAUUUAGUUUAUAAUACUACAAUCCUACUAUGAUUUUAAAUAAUAGCAAUGUCACUGCCACUACUAAAAUAGUUACUACUACUUAUAGUUUACUAACUAGACUUCUAUACUUCUAUUAUUAUAUUAUAGUUAUUACUCUUUUUACAAGAGUCGACGACGUACAAAUUAGAAUAAUUAAAUUUUAAUAUUAAUUAUAAGUGCCAAAUUGAUAUUUUUAAAACUAAUCGUUUGGA